AUGCACUGCCGGUCGUCCUACGGCAUUAAUACUUCAUUUCUUUCUGCUCGUCCCGGUUCUAUUACAAGUUCAAAUAAUAUAACUUAUGUUUCUUCACCUUAUCAUCAUUAUGAUCAAACAUCACCUCCACCAGCAGAAGCAAGGCGUCGUCGUCGAUUAGAAGAUCCAAUAACUACUUAUGCUUCAAACUAUUAUGUUACGUUUCCUCGUCAGAUGUCCCAGUCACCAUCACAACAAGCUUCAUUACUUCCAUUACAAUAUUCUUCGUUAUCGUCAUCUCGUCAACAAUAUCACCAAUCAAAUCAUAAGAAUAUUUAUUGUGAUCUUUUUAAUUUACUUGAACGUCCUUCUUCACCAACACCAUCAUUAAUUAAACAAAGAAAAAAAUAUGGAUCUAAUGAUUACAGUCCAUGUCGUCAUCAUUGUCUCAUGGAUUUGAAAAAUUCUCAUACAAAAGUAAAAUGUACUAAUGAUCGAAAACGUCGUCAUAAAAGAUAUACUUAUAAUAAAGAAAAUAAAUGUCAAGAUGAUAAGUUAUCAUCCAUCGAGCAAUAUGAUUUACCAUCAGAAAAAGCAAAAAAAAUUAAUGAUAUUUAUCAACGACGUUCAUCAAAGAGAGGAUUCUUUCGACGAUUGGUGUACAAUUAUUUUUGUUUAACCUCAACACUUGCUAAUAAAGGGUAUUCUAGUUAG